UCCACCGGGUUGGAUCGUUGCUGUCGGUCUGCCGUUGCCGGCGUGUGUUGUUGCUCUGUGUUUUGUUUUAGUUCGUCCUUGGAGUAUCGAAUGGUUAGACAAUCGGUGAUAUUAGCAAUUGGACAAAUUGUUCAUAAUUUCCGGAUUUGAAAUUUCGUCAGAAUUCAAUUAUACGAAAAGAUAUCUAUCUAUCUGCUUGUGGAAUUUCUGUACGAGAGGUAUUUCUUCGUUUAUUGGUUGGUGAAUGAGUCAGAUCAAACAAUGCAGUGAGACUUCUCCGUUGGAGAGCUUCUUGUGUCUGAGCAUCGAUGAUCGUACAAAGGUUUGAGCGUUCAGUGUUGAGAUGUCAAUAUUAGGAAAUUGUGGUCGCCAAGUUAAUCUGUGUUUUUGCAAAUGUUGUUCUAAGUAUUGCUAAUGCAAUGCAAAUUUCACUGAUAGUAGUUAUUUAAUACGUUAUCGUGAUCCCGUGAUAAAACCAUUUCCAGAUAGUGGUGUAACUGAAUGUAAUGUACCUCUCGAAGAAAUGCUAAUGAUGUUAAUUUGAUACACAAAUAGUGAAUUUCUUGUGCAAAGUUAUAUAGUUUUAAUACGCUCAAAAAUACUCACAUGUGAAACAGCGAGGCACUGGAAGUUUUUUUUUAAUUUGGUAUGAGAAAAAGAAAGAUGUAAUUAUCUUCGGAGAAAAAAAAUUGGAAGAAAUCGAUCCAUUUGAAUUGUGUGAGUGUUCAUUGAUAAUUAUUAACCGUAAGUUCGGAUGGUUCAAAUGAUGAGUGAAGUCCGAUAUCUGACGGUUGCCAUAGUGGAUGUGAAAAAAGAAAAUCGAAAAAAUAUGUGAGCUCGUCGAAUAAAGAAAUCAUCAGUGCACGCAGAUGCGAUGGGGGUGACUCUGAAUACGAUAAUAUAUUCAACGCUGCAAAUGCUCAAGUGAAAUCGAAUAUUGAUUUUUGAAGUUUUUGGUUGUUGUAAUAUGUCUAUCGACGAAGUCGAAGUAAGAGUAAACAUUCACGAUCCAUGUGACAACAUCAACGAGGACUGCGAGCAGUUUUAGCACAUUACGGAUGAAGUAUCGAUUUAAUCGGAUUACGAAGUAGACUUAGGUCAGUAAUUAAGAUGUUUAAAUGAAGCGGGAAGUUUUAGAUGUGGAAGCAACAAGGUUGAAUAUAUCUUUUGCACGUGGCCUACAGUUUGCCGGAGUUUGGCUUCUCGGUUUAAACUUUGCCGGGUGUAACGCAACCGUAGCUUGGAUCUGAUCAAACGAGUAUGAAGUUUCUUCAACUCAACAACCUUCAACGGUCGCAAUUACGAUUCCACGAUUCCCUCAGUUCGAGCUGAAAUACCGAACGCAAUCAUCGUUCGGUUCCAUACUAGACAAAGUAACAGUCAUCCAAUGAUGCGGUGGUUCAAACGAUCCACCGAAUCACCGAAAUUGCUCAGCCUCUCGCCUUUGCGACAUUCCGAGCUGGGGAAUGCCUACGACAGUCAGGAGCAACAGCACGAAGAAUUCGCUCACGAGCAUGGUGACGAACAACAGCGAAGGGUCGAACCGGUCGCACCGGGACUGCUUUUUUCGGAUCUAUUCGCUGCAUCGGUAGGCUGCUCUUCCACCUCGUCCGGUUCGGCCUCCUACACCGCCACUAGUUGCAGCUCUCCAUCGACCACUUCGUCACCCUCUACCUCAACUAGUUUCUCCUACACCAGUGAUAGCAGUAGUCUAAGUAACCAAGGUACCAAGGGUCACCCCAAGAUGGCCAAUGGUGGCACAAGCAACGGAGUCACACCACGGAAGUCGAGAAUAGAUUUAUCACCGGUCAACUGGGCCAAGAAGUCGUCCAUAAAUUGCUACAACAUCGAGGAGGGAAGAGUAGUAGACAGGCCCAAGGGUCGCUACAUAUCACCGAUUCGGAUCAAGAACAAGCACCAGGCAGUCCAACAGGCUGGGGCGAGCACGCCUGUCUCGAGACGUAUUUUACAACGUGACAAAGGAUCCCUGGAUGCAAGUUCGCCAACCGAUGGAAAUUUGAUCAGAAAUUUGAGUAAAUCAAUCGGUAACAUUAGCGCAUCGAUAGCAGAUAAAAGUCCUUCGUUGGGUCAGCGAUCCGUGGUUUAUCGCGAAAAGGAGAAAAAAAAUCCUCUCGGCAGCACCAGACUGUCUUGUUAUCAGACAAUAAACUUCGAUUCUAGCGAAACCGUUCAUAAGGGCCAACUGUACAAAUCUGUAGACGAUUUAAUAUUCAUCAACGCGACAAGAGAUGAUGAUUGCGAACGAGACUUGUCCGGUACCGACGGCAGUGCACUGAACAAAGAACGAAAAGAGUCGGUUAGCACCAACCACUGCACAUCGCUAGCGACCGACUCUGUCGCUGUUAGCCAGUCAAACCAAAGCCUUAUCACUAGUAACGUUAGUAGUAAAAGUACCAGCAGUCGAAAAACAACGGACCAGUACUUAUCAGCAACCGCAACCGAUGAACCAAAGAGCGACGGAUCCAACAUGGCUGAAAGCGUCGGCGAUCACGACGAAACGUACGGAUUUGCGCAAAUGCGAGAAACCUCCAUCGAGAGUAUGUACCGACUAAAAUUAAAUGCGUUGAAAGAUGAAGAAAAAAGUGCGAUUGAAGCCAACAACGGAUUCAGGACGCCACAGAAAAAGAAAGACAACUUUACCAAUAAAAUCAAAGCAAUGUCCGAUCGAACGCAGAGACUAUUCUCUAAAAUUUAUUUCAAUUCAUCAUAUAAAACCAACAGCAUCGACGAAAGCAACUUCCAGUCCGGUUCAAAGUCGUUGAAAAAGUCUCCCUCGAAGGCUGCAAACAAUCGGCGAAGUAUCAGUUACGGUGCCCUUCCAGGACUAACAGAUUUCCAGAAAAAUUUAGAAAAAAACCAGCAUUCCUUACAACUUUCCAAUCAACAUCCAGAGGACGAAUUCAACGGAUCUACUGUAAUUGCAGCUCAGAACAGUCGCUUGGAUGCAGAAGACUGUGAUUCGGGAAUUCUCGUCAAUGAGUCCGGUGCGUCAUCAAUUCUGGAAACAGAGGAUGUAUUUUUACCUAGCAUUCCAUCGAAAGUGCUGAACAGCAGUACCGAAAAUACCGAGUUCAAGCUGGUGACCAUUAAGCUGGAUGUUAGUGAUGAUGAAGCCAACUUGGGGAUCAUUGUCAGUCAGAUGGGAAAUGGUGAAGGAGAAAUCAGUAAUCGGUACAAGGUGGCGCAUGUGCUACCGGGAGGGUUGGUGUACACCGAGGGCACCAUCCAACCGAACGACGAAAUCGUCAACAUCCUUGGCAAACGACUGCGUGGGUUGUCGAUGCGUCAGGUGCAGGAUCUGCUGAACAGUUGCACCCGGCGUGGAAGCGGUCGCACCAGCAUCGAUCUUGUCAUUUGCAGGAAUAAGGCAAAUGAUAGUGAUCUGCUAGCAGAGGAGCUCAAUCAGCAGCAACCGGUGAACCGACGGUUGUUUAGAGACAAUCGAAUGAUUUCACUCGAUUCCUAUCUGGAUGAGGGGAAGCAUCCACAUCAACAGUACGGCAGCGAAGAACCACAGCACAGCGACGCGAGUUCCGAUCAAGACUGUUACGCUUCAAUUGCUAUCAAAAUUGAUGGCAGCAAGUUUAACACCCUUGGGACACCGCGCCGCCAGAAGACACUAACGGUGCCAGGCAAACGAACUGAAUCUCCCGUUCCGUGCGAUAUGCCUAGCAUCGAUGUAGAUUCCCAGCCACCUUCGCUGGAUAGCUGUGUCAAACGGCGUUCAUUCACCAAAAACGGAGCUACCAACGGAGGACCUAACAGUUCGAAGCUCAUCAGACGAUCGCUUGUCGGCAAACAAUCGCCCGUAUUCAAUGUAGAUCAGGUGACCAAAAGCACGAUGAACCUGUGCGACGACGAAAAACUGGAACUGAGUGGUGCGUCCGACGAUGCCGAAACGAGCAGCGGAACGGGCUCUCUGGAGAUGGACAAAAAUAUGACCAAUUUUUGUACUCUUCCGAGGCGACCGAAAAGUUCGCUCUGUUCAUUCCACACCGUUACAUUCGAAAAGGGACCGGGGAAAAAAUCCCUAGGAUUCACAAUUGUUGGCGGUAGAGACAGUCCGCGUGGUGCGUUAGGCAUUUUCAUCAAAAGCAUUUUAUCGACCGGACAGGCAGCAGAAGACGGUCGCCUGAAGGCAGGAGAUGAAGUUCUUGCGGUCAACGGGCAGGUUUGCCAUGAUUUGACGCAUCUGGAAGCGGUAAAACUGUUCAAAAGUAUCAAAUCAGGUGAAAUUGUGCUGCAACUGUGCAGAAGAAGCAAGGCUUGUAAGGAGGAUCGGGAUGGUAUUGCAAAAGGCUAGAAUACGUGAUCCGUACGUUUUCGUCAAUUCUUGGUUUUAAAGGCUGUGUAGAGAUUUUGGAUGGGAAAACAUUUCUGUGCAAUCUGUUUCAAAAAGAAAACACAUUUAAUACAAUUUUAGAAUGAACUACUUUCUCAUGAGACUUAUUAGAUUAGAAGAGAACUGUAUCGAGACAUGUAAAAAGUAACACUAAUAAGAUUUAAAAAUGUAUCCUUUAUAUCGAAUCUAUUGUUGUUAAUCUAGAGUCAAGCAUUUUGGAGUCUAUAUGUAAAACAUUAAGAUACAGCUGAGAGUGGAACAAUAUACCAUAUACAUUAGAA